GCCGGGGUGGAGCCUUUCCCGCCGGCGCCGUCGCGGGCCUGGCGUGGGAGGAGGCUCGGGCCUGCUGUCGUGGGCCUCUCAGGCGCCGAGGCUCGUCUCUUACCGUCGCCUCUGCUUCAGCUUCGCCUACUUCCUGUCCCCAGCGGGCUGGGCGCAGGGAAGACCUGCCGGCGCCAUGGAAGAUGAGGUGGUUCGCAUUGCCAAAAAGAUGGACAAGAUGGUGCAGAAGAAGAACGCGGCUGGAGCAUUGGAUUUGCUGAAAGAGCUUAAGAAUAUUCCCAUGACUCUGGAAUUAUUACAGUCCACAAGAAUUGGAAUGUCAGUUAAUGCUAUUCGCAAGCAGAGUACAGAUGAAGAAGUUACAUCUUUAGCAAAGUCUCUCAUCAAAUCCUGGAAGAAGUUAUUAGAUGGGCCAUCAAAUGACAGAGACUCUGAAGAAAAGAAAAAAGAACCUGCGAUUACAUCACAGAAUAGCCCUGAAGCAAGAGAAGAAAGUAGUUCCAGUAGCAAUGUAAGCAGCAGAAAGGAUGAGACAAAUGCUCGAGAUACCUACGUUUCAUCUUUUCCUCGAGCACCAAGCACUUCAGAUUCUGUGCGGUUAAAGUGUAGGGAGAUGCUUGCUGCAGCUCUCAGAACAGGAGAUGACUACGUUGCAAUUGGAGCUGAUGAGGAAGAACUAGGAUCUCAGAUUGAGGAAGCUAUAUAUCAAGAAAUAAGAAAUACAGACAUGAAAUAUAAAAAUAGAGUACGAAGUAGAAUAUCAAAUCUUAAAGAUGCAAAGAAUCCAAAUUUAAGGAAAAAUGUACUGUGUGGGAAUAUUCCUCCUGACUUAUUUGCUAGAAUGACGGCAGAGGAAAUGGCUAGUGAUGAGCUCAAAGAGAUGCGGAAAAACUUGACCAGAGAAGCCAUCAGAGAACAUCAGAUGGCCAAGACAGGAGGAACCCAGACUGAUUUAUUCACAUGUGGCAAAUGUAAAAAGAAGAAUUGUACUUACACACAGGUACAAACUCGCAGUGCUGAUGAACCAAUGACAACAUUUGUUGUCUGUAAUGAAUGUGGAAAUCGAUGGAAGUUCUGUUGAGUUGGAAGAAUUGGAUCUGGACCAUUAAGAAAAUGGAUUUUGUAAUUAGCUUUAAAACUAGGCCAAGCAACUAGUUUUCCUGCAAAUCAGAUUUUUUAAAUGACACACAUCCCACAAAUUAGUUUUUGGUUUUCGAUCUAACAUCCCUUCCUCAAAUGCCUUCUGUAGUUUCAGAUUAGUAGGGAAACAAUACAAUAAUUGUAUGAUAUCUGUUUCAAUACUUUCCUUUUUUCAUUUUUAUAAGUCAAUACUAAUCUUUUAUCAAUUAAACUUUUGGCAAUUUAUUUUUAUUUUUUUCUUCUUGAAGUGUUCUUAACUUUUUACAGUCUGAAGCAUACAUAGAAGAAAUUGUUCUUUGUUAAUAAAUACAUAGAAAUUACUUUUCUUCAUAUUGGCAUGUAUGUACAAAUAUUAGAGGAAGAAAAAAGGUAAUAUAAUUUUAGGGUUACCAAAUAUGGUAUGUAUUCAAGUAAUACUUAUCCAGCUUAUCUAAAUUGUACAUAUUUGAAAUAGUAUUUGAAUUUGAUUUUAUUAUUAUGUUCACAAACCUGCAAUAAUUGGAUAUUAUUUUGCAUCUGUAACCCAUGCUCAUCAUUUCUUGUAUAUGUAUAUUACUUGUUCGAAUAGAUUCUACUUUUGGAAAUACGGCUUUGUUGAAAUCAGUUUGGUUUUAUUAUUUACCUGUUUGACUUUGUAGUGUAUUUUAGUUUUGCAGAACACUAUUAAUAGUGUAGUAGGGCUGGGGAUUUAGCUCAGUGGUGCUACGCCUACCUUGCAAGUACAAGAUCCUGAAUUUGAUCCCUGGGGAAAAAAAAUAGUGUAGUAGGCUUUCAUAAAUUUUUUCACAGGCAAAGAACAAAAGCUGAUGAUUUUUUUCCCUCAUAGGAAGACAUCCUAGGAAGAGAUUGUUAGCAUAUUGGUAUAGUGUCAUUAUUGUAAACAGUUCAUGACUUGAUUUUGAUUUGAAAUCUGUACUGACCAAGGAUUAAGCAUCAAAAUUGUAUAAAUCAUUAAAGGUGUGGUCUUUUCAUAUGGAGAUUGGUAGAAGAUAUUUUUGUCCUGAGUCUUACUUGUUGGUUUUUUCUGUUAUUUGAUAAGAUUGUGAACCAACUGGAAAUGUGGGCUAUAGCAAGUAGUCUUAGACAGAUCUUACAGUUAAGUUUUACUUUUUGUUUAUAUACCAUUUGUUCUGUUAGGAUUAAGAAAAAAUGGUUUUCACGUAGGUUCCUGGGUAUAGUUGCUGUAGCACAUCUUAAAGGCCACUAGUACAGAGUCUACAAUUUAUCAUGCUGGACCUGCAGAAAGACCUCUGUACAUGCUUUGCACUCUCCUUUGUUCCCCUCUUCCUGUUUCUUAACUGAAAAUCAUUUUGUUGUAAUCCAGAAAGUAACAUUUAAAUGUCCAUAAUAAGGAUUGGCCCAUGGGUACCAAUCCACCUCUCUUUGUUAGUUUGUAGUUGAACCAUUUGCUUUAUCAUUUCAGAAAUAAAGUGCAUUUUCUGAGAGAAUGGGUUUAAGAAUAAUAAAGUUAAAAUAGUCCCACUUUUAAAUUAAGUGAUUCAUUUUAAAAUUUGUAAUUCAAUAAAGUUUUUUUAUUAAGUGUGUA